UAAGAGAACACUGAAUCUCUUCAACAUGGAGAUGUGGUUGGAGGCUGAAAAAUGAUUAUCAUGAGAACACUGCUAUCAACCGAUGUCAUCUGUACUGACCAAAGAAAAUCGAGGUUCACCCUGGGGCAGUAACAUGAGAAGCUACAUUUUUCUGUCUGUGGUCACUGGACUUUAUCUGGUUUGUAUGGGAAAAUGUGAAUCAGACUGUGAAAAUCCCAAGCACUGUUCAAAGUCAGAAUGGGUGAACCAGUGGUACAUAUGGUUGGUAGUGACUGCUGGGAUUCUGCUGCUGAUGUUUGGAGUCACCUGCGCCUGUCUGCGCUGCUUCUACCUGAGACAGCAGCAUUGUCCAGAGGGGAGAGGAGAGCGUCCGUGUGAGGUCACAGUCAUCGCCAUUGACCACGAUAGCACAAUACAAAGCACUGUGACCUCUCUGCAGUCUGUGUUUGGCCCAGCUGCCCGUAGGAUAUUUGCUGUAUCUCAUUCUCAUGUCCCCCCACCUCAACUCUCUCCUGUUGCUCCUGAGACCCCACCAUGUUAUGAGGAAGCCUUACAAAUGAGUCGCUUUACUGUUGCCCGGAGCACCCAUAAGGCCUGUCAUCUGACCCCAGUGCUUGAAGAGAGGACUGAGAUUCCUCUACCCUAAGAGACUUUAAACUACAUGACCCAUGUGUGAGGUAUUGGCCCCAGGAACAAACAUAAGAGUGUUAUGCAUGAGUUUAUUGUGAAGAAGACUGCAGUAUACGUACCUGCAUUUUGGGCAUAUAAGUGUA